CUGCCAAAGGAAGAAGCAUCUUCGCCACAGGAAGAAGUAGCUCUGCCACAGGAAGAACCAGCUCUGCCAAAGGAAGAAGCAUCUCUGCCAAAAGAAGAAGCAUCUCUGCCCAAAGAAGAAGCAUCUCUGCCACAGGAAGAACCAGCUCUGCCAAAGGAAGAAGCAUCUCUGCCCAAAGAAGAAGCAUCUUCGCCACAGGAAGAAGUAGCUCUGCCACAGGAAGAACCAGCUCUGCCAAAGGAAGAAGCAUCUUCGCCACAGGAAGAAAUAGCUCUGCUACAGGAUGAAGCAUCUCUGCCAAAAGAAGAAGCAUCUUCGGCACAGGAAGAACCAGCUCUGCCACAGGAAGAAGCAUCUCUGCCAAAAGAAGAAGCAUCUCUGCCAAAAGAAGAAGCAUCUUCGCCACAGGAAGAAAUAGCUCUG